CCCAGUGCAGAAAAAACAAUCAGCGAGGAGGCUGCUCCUCCCUUUGGUCUGGAAUUAAUACAUCUGGUCUGUGAAGGUAACAGGUAAGGGACGGAACAAAAGUGAAGGUUCAGAAGCUGCACAAUUUCUGGGGACAGGUUGAAACUGCAGGAGAAGGGUGCCCUAAAGAGUGAUCAUCAUGGGAAAUACGUUAAGUCGAGAAGAUGGAUCAGAAAAUGAGGAUGUGCAAGUCCAAGAAAAGCAGCCAGAGUUUGCUGCUCAGAAUGGAUCAGUCGCCCUACAGAAUGCUACACUAGAUGAAGUCACGCCAAGCACUGACCAAGUUGAUGGCAAACAAGAGGCACAGCAGAAGAGCAUCAUCUCAUCUACUGAAAAAACUAUUGUAUUUAGUCCAAUUUCUAAUGGAGAAAUUGACUCCAAGCCAUCUGCACCAACGGCUCAAUCAAAGUUUAGACUAUCUAUUUCCCGGCCACCCUCAGGCCGUACUAUGUUGCAAGUCAGUGGUCUAGAAGGAGAGAAGAUAAAGACCACAGUUCCCUCAGAAGAACCACUUGUUAUUGAAAAUCAAAAUGACACACCAGUUGUACUGGAAACAUCAGUGACAAAAGCAAGCAAUACUGAGAUCCAAAAUCAAUCACUUCUCUCUGCAAUUGCCAUAAAUGCAACAACACCACCCUCUGAACCUGCUAUUAAUGAGCCACCACUGGCGGCAUCAGUGUCCAAUGGAUUGGAGACACCUCCCAAACCCAAAGAAAUAAGCUUUUUCCAGAGGAUAUUUAUGGCAGAAAAGAAAGUGCAAUUUGAAGAGCCUCAACAACCUCAACUGGAGGAAAAUGAGGAGGCCGGGAUCAUUGUGGAACAGAAUGCUGGAUUACAAAGUAUCCCACUGACCAAUACCUCUCAAACUCAGAACAUAGAUGACUUCAACCAGGAGGCUGGCAAGGAGUUCAGCUCUGAGCUUGAGACAGACCAGGAGAAGAACAAGAGUCCAACCACUCUAGAAGCAACUCUUCCAGCCCCUCCAUCACCAGAGGACCAUCCAGUCAUGAGCUUCUUCAAAACCUUGGUUUCUCCUAACAAGUCUACACUGAAAUCUGAGGAAGAGUCAAAAAAAGAUUCUGACGAUAAGAAAAAAGAAAAUGGCGGCCUACGAAAAUCUUCAUCCAGAAAGGAGAAAGCAAAGAGCCUUCAACAACAAACAGCCGAACCAGAAGCAAAGAGCCCAAAGAAGUCUGAUAGACCCAAAUCUAGAACGUUAAGCAGACUUUUUGGCCAUAAGUCCAAAAAGGGUGACGACCUGUCAAGUGGUAACAAGGUUCUGGAGGAACAGCCUGUAGCAGUAACUAUAAGUCCAGAGCAACCCUCCCCUGAGCAAAUACUAACACAGGACACUAAUCCUUCUGAACCCAAUGUCCAACCACAGAUCUCAGCACCAGCUUCCAAAGAUGAAGGAAAGGCUGCUAAGGAAUCCAUUCCAAGACCUAAGACCUUUUGGAGAAAGUCUUUUAAAGGAGAUCCUCCAGCUACUAAGCAAGAGGAAAAUGUUGAGGAGGAACAGCCAGUGGCCGCUGUAACAAUAAACUCAGUCAAUGCUGCUCCUGAGCAGAUAGGAGACCAAAACAUUAAUUCUGCUGCACCCAACGUCCAGAUAGAGAUCCAGAGCCAGCCCUCAGGCAGUGAUAGGAAAGCAGAAAAGGAAACCACUCCAGAGAGACCUAGGCCUUUUUGGAGAAAGUCUUUUAAAGGAGACCCUGCUGUCACUAAAAUCCAGGAAAAUGUUGAGGAACAACAGUCUGCAGUAGCUCUAAUAGAAAACUCAGACAAUGUUGCUCCUGAGCAGGAGCUUUCCUUGGAAACUAAGCCUACUGCCCCCAAUGUCCAACCAGAGAUCCCAAACCAGCCGAUAAGUGGUCAUGGAAAAGUAGAAAAGGAAUCUGCUCCACCUGUGCCUUUUUGGAGAAAGUCUUUUAAAGGUGACCCUCAGCCUGUUAAGAAUGAAGAAAAUUCUUUGAAAGAAGAGCCAGAGGCAGAGGCAGUAACUGAGAAUGCUUCAGCAGAGAAAGAAGCCAAAGCAGAUGCCGGGGUUCAGGCUGCCGCAUCCAGUGGCAAAGGGCAAGAAUCUCCAGACAAGGGUAAAAAGGCUGAAGAUGGGAAAAAUACUAAGCCAAAACUGAUGAUGUUCUUCAAACAGCUGUCAGUGAUUGGUGAUGGAGGUAAUGGCAAUUCAGAGGAGGUUAACGAGAAAAGUACUGACCAGUCAUCACUUGAUCUAACAGAUGGGGCAGAAGCCACAAAAUCAGAGAAGACAGUAGUGUCGGCUGUGGUGGAACCUCCACCCCCAGCUCCCAAAAUCAAGGAGAACCAAAAAGAGAAAAAGGCGGGAGCUGAGAAGAUGACCAAGCAAGAAAGCAAAGAUAUGCCCGAGGCUGUAAGCCCAACACAGCAUCAAGCUUCCGAUCCGGCACUUGUGCAGAAUGGGGCCGACGCAACUAAAGACGGACAGCUGAAGAAGACAGAGAAGAGACAGUCUCUGGGAAACUUCUUCAAAGCUAUUGGCCCGAAGCGACUGAGCGAUGCAGCGGUGCAGACAGACCCAGUAUGCAUCCUCCCAGGAGAAAAGGCCAAGUAAAGCAAGAAGAAUAUGCCGGGAUGGUUGCAAAGUCAUUUGGGGACUGGUUGGGGGGGUAGAUGAUACUGCUAAUGUAUAUUUCAGGUUAAUAUGUACAGACAUCCGUCAUUUAAUGCCACAGGGUCACGCUGGGUCUUGCACUGGUUUGCUAUAAGCUGGUUACAGAUGAGUAGAAUGACCCCUUCAUCAUGUGAUUCUACAUGGAAGUGAUAUAGGUGGGCUUCGUUUCAACCCCCCUCUACUGAGAACUGGACUCCCCAUCUGUACAAGGUAAAUAUACACAUAUAUGGGUACAGAAACCCCAAGGAGCCUUAUUUGUCUGCAUAUUUGUAUUUAUUAAUAUGAGUGAGAGAAGCCGCUAGUGGCCUAAUUGUAAUGAAUCAUCACAGAAAACAUGAGAUUUUAGUUAAAGGGAUUCUCCACACAAACAUAAACUUAAGCUUUUUGAAAAGUAAACAUAAUUUCAAGCAACUUUGCAAUAUACAUCAACAUACCUCCCAACAUUU